AAUAACUAGCUGCACUGAUUUUUUUUAGUCUCUUUUACCACACUGGAGGGAACACCAACCUGUGCGCCACAACAGCUUGUCCGUUCAUCAUCAGGGCCAUGAUAUAAUAUGAUCCAUCCUUAUUCUCCCAAUGGAAACACAGGCACGUAUGGAAAUGGCACGCAGAGAGAUCCGAGAGGAGAGAACCAAAGAGCCGGUGGAGGAGCUCACAGAGGAGCAGUUUCUUAAAGACCUCUACCUGUUCAUGAAGAAGAGAGAUACACCCAUAGAGAGGAUCCCAAAUCUGGGCUUCAAACAAAUUGACCUGUUUCUGAUGUUCAAGGUUGUCAGAGACUUGGGUGGCUACCACCAGGUGACAGCUCAGCAGCUGUGGAAACAAGUGUAUAACACACUUGGAGGAAACCCACGAAGCACAAGUGCAGCCACCUGCACCCGCAGACACUAUGAAAAGCUGCUCCUGCCAUACGAAUGCCACCUGACAGGCGUAUUGGUGAAUGUGUUGCCUCGUAAUCCGCCAAAGCACUUCCACUUUUCCAACUACAGCAAAGAGCAUGUUGAUGGCCAGAGGCCAGCUAAACGCAAAAUGAUAUCAAUACCUCUGCACCAGAACCACCAUAACCUCCAGUCAGACCCACGUGAGAAUGUCUUCCCUCUGCAGCUCCACUACCCUCACUACUAUCACCCAAGCCAUGCAGUUCUGCCCCCACAUGUCCCUAUGUCCUCCUCAGUGCUGACACCGCAUAGCCCACCUGCCUCCAAACCCUGGUUCACAAUCCCUCCAUCUCAUCUAAACCCAACAGACAGGGUUAAGGAGCCACUGGAGCAGCUGCGAUUCCUGGCAGAACAGUACAAGACCACAUCUGGAUUGACUGAGCCUCUGAACCUCAGCAUUAAAGCAUCAAGGCAGGAAACCAACAGCAACCCCACCUCAUCGUUCACCCCAACUUCAUCCGGCAAGAACCCAAAGUUUUUAAAUAAACCCUCGCCUCUGUACACUCCUCAUCGAUCACAGGUGAUGACAGACGAUGGAUGUGAGACACAAGGUGGUGAUUCUGGUUUAGGAGAUGCAGGGUAUCCUGCAAGAGCUAAGGAGGUAUAUAUUGUCGAUGGCAAAGCUCCAACAGCUUCCAGCAGCCCCACAUAUGACUCUGCUCAGACACUGAGAACGGAGAAAGGCGCCACCACAAUGGCACUAAAACCCAGCUCUCCAAAAACAGACUUUACAAUCCGGCCAGAAGAUGAGAGAGAGGGGAGUCCAGAAGUCAGGGAGCUCAGUGUCAGUCACAUCCUGCCCAGCCUCCCUCGAGAGAACGGAGGCAAGAUGGAAAUCGAGGUACCGCUGUCUGUGUUUCAUAACUGGCUCAGGCUGUGUGGAUCCUCAGCCUUGAUGCAUGAAGCUAAGCAGCUAUCUGCACUUCCUCCUCAGGAGGAACACCCUGGGCAAAGAAAUCGUUCUGACACAGACGUCCUCCCUACCAACCUGACAUUUCACAUCAAUCAUCACGACCAGAGCUCAGCCGCUGAAGAUCUGCGGCUGAUGCAAAGGAAUUUGCCAAGCCCCAUACCAACCAGCCAGUUUACCGGUUAUCAACACAAUACAUGCCAAAAUAAUAUCUCCACCUACAAGCCUUUGCCUUCAGGUGGUAUUCUGAAAAGCGCAGCCAGCUGGGAUGUCUAUCCGGUUGAUCAGCAGGAUAAUAAUAACUCAUACAGCCCCAGAGCCCCAAGUUGCUGGGAUGCCUAUGACAAAGAGUCCCAGACUUCCCUUAUCCAAGUGAACAUUAACUCAAGUCCCUGCUCAGUUCAGCAAGACUUUGAUAAUGAAGACACAAUCCAGGCAGAGAAGGAGAAGUCAGGCACGGGUCAAUCAGCUGUACUAAUGCUGAAUCCCAGCUCCAACUCCCUGUUGCACUUCACAACUGAAGAGGUGAUGAAGCUGAAGAAAAUCAUCUCCAGCUCAUAGUGAAAAUCAGUUCAGAUAAUCACACUGACACUCCAACACCACAUUAAAGCUUACUCACGUUACAUUGCUCUUUCAUUUACUGUAUGUUACUGAAGUUGUAUGAUCUGGUAUAUAUUACAUUCAGUUGUUACUCAAUGCAAGUGUCAAAUUAACAAAAAUUCCAAUCCAAAACAAACAGUUCAUUCACAUCAGAAGCAGAGCUUGAUGUAGGAGAAUGUUCACCAUUUUUGGUUUUGUUUUUACGCUUUUACUGUACUGAAAUAUUACUUGUA